CGUAUCCCGACCACUGACAAAAGCGCAUAGCCGGUACGGAAGGUACAACCAGUUUAGCUAUGAGCAUGCUCUAAUCAACGCGCUGCAAAAUAUUUGAAUGUUUGACAGUUAACAAUCAAAAUACUAUCAGUGACUUUUUGUCUGUGCAAGUGUUGAAUGUAUGUUAAUACAACGGAAAGAAAGUAGCUCGUCGUCUUUUUUGAAAACUUUUCCUUUGAAGUGAACGUAUUUUUUUGCCUUUUAAAGUCAUCAAAGUGAAAAUCUUAAAUAUGUUAUAUUAUGAACGCGGUAGUGAUAAAGAUGAACGGUUUAAUUGUUGACAUUUUUUCGUGACUGGAAAUAAUGUUAAUUGCAACUCCUUACAGAGAUUUUGAUGUGGGUGAUAAGAGCCCUCCAAGAGUUAUUUCUGAAAUUAGAAAGACUUGUGGCAGUUAUUAUUUUUACCCUACUAAUUUCAGGGCGAAGAUAUCAGGUGAUCUACUUCUUAAAAUUGGUAACGACAGCAACUGGUGGCCACGUAAAGUAUCAGUGAGAUGUGGUCAGCUCUUGGUAUCUUCAUCAUGUUCUCAAACUGGAUCUUCAUCUCUAAGAUUACCGUUACGACACUUAAGUCUUCAGGCUGGUCCGCUUCCUAACAGUCUCUCACUAUGUAAGGGGCAAAAUAAGGUCUUGACCCUACAGACUGCAGACGAAGAAUCGUUCGGAGAAUGGGUGAAAACUAUAGCGAUCGAACUAAUACGCCAAACUCCCUUGGACGCCAUUAAAUACCUGGAUAUCUUCACAAUAGCAGACUGUUGGAAAAGGAGAGAGCCGAAGUACCAUAAAGACUGGAAUUUUGAUUUCACCGUCCAAAAGAAUCAACAAUCGCCGGAUACGGAGUGCGCAAGCUGCGACCGAAACCAUGUAUCCACCAGUCUUCCAGAACCACUAAAAGUACCUUCUGAAGUGGAAGAAAAAUACGUGGAAGAUCUUUUGAAGAAAUGUCAAGACACUCAAAAUUACGUACCGGUUAAAGAAAAACUAUUUUUAUUCGAAUCUUUGUGUAAAUUGAGACGGAAAGUCCGUAGUACGGAAGAUGUGUCUCAAAAAGUGGAUUCGAUUUCGAAACGCGCGCGAUCUUUACACGACUUGAGCAAUUUGACGUCGCAGAAUGCCGUCAGACAAAUUUGUAAAUAUUUCGAAAAUAAAAAUAACGAUGACCAACCGACUAAACGGUUGGUAAAAUCCGAUUCGCAACUCAACGACUUGUAUAGAAUUCGUAAAAUGUUUAGCGCUUAAAAUUCUCGUAUUUUUUUGUUAUUCUAAGAAUGUAUUUGUAAUUUUUUACAUCAAAUUAUAGAUAUAUAUAUAUAAACAACGUUUAAAGGACUUUAUUUAUUAAUGUACAUAAAAGAUUUUUAACAAAAUGUUAUGGAAUUUUAAAUAAUUUUAAUUCUAA